UUUUAAACGCUUACUCGGUGGAACCCAGAUUAAUCCAAUACAAAUUUCGCCCGGAACACGCCCAUUGUUUGGAAUGCAAUGGUAUGCAGAACCACUUGAACAGCUGACAUUUGAUUUUCUUAUGUUCCAUGCUGCUUCGUUUAAAGGACAACUAUCACCGAUAGCUACAGGGUGAAACAUAUUUCUUUAAAAAAUGAAUUUUACAGACUGAAGAAAUCUAGCAUGACUCACAAGUUCGAAAAUUUCCUACUUUCGUUUUCGAUAGGUGAACGAACUUUCGAAAGGUCACAUGACCAAAAUAUGGCGAGCUCCACUGGAAGAGUUUCCAGUAUUUUCAGGUCGGGGUUAUUCAACGGAAAAGUGGCUAUUGUGACUGGUGGGAGCACUGGUAUUGGUCAGGCAAUAACCCAGGAACUCACACAUUUAGGAUGCAAAGUUAUGAUAGCAUCUAGGAAUGCGGAGAGACUUUCUUCAGCAACAGCUGAUAUUAAGAAAAAUAUCCCAAAUGGGAGUCCAGCAGAAAUAAGCAAUAUUCCAUGUAACAUUAGGAAAGAAGAUCAGGUUGAAAAAAUGGUUUCAGAGACAUUGUCAAAGUUUAGUAAGAUUGACUUCCUUGUAAACAACGGAGGUGGACAAUUUCCAGGACCUGCCUCUUCUUUUAGUCUAAAGGGCUGGAAUGCUGUCAUAGAGACAAAUCUCACAGGAACAUUUCUGUGUUGCAGGGAAGUGUUUAACCAGUGGAUGGGCCAGCAUGGUGGUGUUAUUAUCAACAUCAUUGCUGAUAUGUGGAAUGGACUUCCAAUGAUGAGUCACACAGGAGCAGCACGAUCAGCCGUGGACAAUCUGACAAAAUCUUUGUCCUUGGAGUGGGCGGCCUCAGGGGUCAGGGUCAACGCUGUAGCUCCUGGUGUAGUUUACUCCAAGACGGCAGCAGCUAACUAUAGUACUGAUAUAUUGGGGCAGUACAUUCCUCAUAUACCUGCUAAACGUUUAGGGACCCCUGCAGAGGUAUCAGCAGCUGUCUGCUUCCUUCUCUCACCUGCUGCUGCUUUCAUUUCUGGAGAAUCUCUUAAAGUAGAUGGCGCUGCCAGUUUAUAUAGUUCACCUUUUCAAAUACCAGAUCACAAGAAUUUACCAGCAUACGAUUGGGAAACUGGAGAUCCAGAAAACACAUCAAAUAAACCAAAGUUAUGAUAGUAAAGUGAAGGCAAAGACAAUCUAAUAUAUAUUUGUGAGAAUAAGAAUGCAUGAAUUUAUGGUAAAUUUAACGCUGUUAAUAAAUUUAAUGGUUGUAGAAAAGGU